AUGUGGACUUUCUUGGGCAUUGCCACUUUCACGUACUUUUACAAGAAAUGCGGAGACUUCGUCUUUUUUGCCAACAAGGAGCUGUUGCUGUGCGUGCUGGUGUUCCUGUCCCUGGGCCUGGUGCUCUCCUACCGCUGUCGCUACCGGAGCGGGGCCCUCCUGGGGCGCCAGCAGAGCGGCUCCCAGUUCGCGCUCUUCUCGGAUAUUCUGUCGGCCUUGCCUUUCAUUGGCUUCCUCUGGGCCAAGUCGCCCUCGGGAUCAGAAAAUAAAGAGCAGCUUGGGGCUAGGAGGCACAAAAAAGGAACCAGUGUUUCAGAAACCACCUUAAUAGGAGCAGCUGCCUCUUCAGUAUCUUUUCAAAAUGAUCCAGAAGUUAUCAUUGUGGGAUCUGGGGUAGUUGGCUCUGCUUUGGCGGCCAUGCUUUCCAGAGAUGGAAGAAAGGUGACAGUAAUUGAGAGAGAUUUAAAAGAGCCCGACAGGAUAGUUGGAGAAUUUCUGCAACCGGGUGGUUAUCAUGUCCUUAAAGACCUUGGUCUUGAAGAUGCAGUGGAAGGUAUUGAUGCCCAGGUGGUAGAUGGCUACAUAAUUCAUGAUCAGGAAAGCAAAUCAGAGGUUCAAAUUCCUUACCCUCUGUCCGAAAACAGUCAAGUGCGGAGUGGAAGAGCUUUCCAUCACGGAAGAUUCAUCAUGGGUCUGCGGAAAGCAGCUAUGGCAGAGCCGAAUACAAAGUUUAUUGAAGGCAUCGUGCUACAGUUACUAGAAGAAGAUGAUGCUGUGAUAGGAGUUCAGUACAGGGAUAAAGAAACUGGGGACAUCAAGGAACUCCACGCUCCAUUGACUAUUGUUGCAGAUGGACUUUUUUCCAAGUUCAGGAAAAACCUGAUCUCUAAUAAAGUUUCUGUUUCAUCUCAUUUUGUUGGCUUUCUAAUGAAGAAUGCACCACAGUUUAAAGCAAAUCAUGCUGAACUUAUUUUGGCUAAUCCAAGUCCAGUUCUUAUCUACCAGAUUUCAUCUGAUGAAACUCGAGUACUUGUUGACAUUCGAGGAGAAAUGCCCAGAAACCUAAGAGAACACAUGGCUGAAAAAAUUUACCCACAAUUACCUGACCACCUCAAAGACCCGUUCCUGGAAGCCACUCAGAAUUCCCGUUUGAGAUCUAUGCCGGCAAGCUUUCUUCCCUCCUCACCAGUAAACAAGCGAGGUGUUCUUAUUUUGGGAGAUGCAUAUAAUAUGAGGCAUCCUCUUACUGGAGGAGGAAUGACUGUUGUGUUUAAAGAUCUGAAACUAUGGAGAAAGUUGCUAAAGGGUAUCCCUGACCUUUAUGAUGAUGCAGCUGUUUUCCAGGCCAAAAAAUCAUUCUAUUGGGCGAGAAAAACAUCUCACUCCUUUGUUGUGAAUAUCCUUGCUCAGGCUCUUUAUGAAUUAUUUUCUGCCACAGAUGUGGCGAUGGUCAGUCUGUAUAUCAAGGAAAAACUGACUUAGCGGAAGCUGUAUUAGAAAUGGAGGAAGAGGCAACCGUGCCACCUCCCAAGCCUAGCAGUGUACAGAUGGUUAAUGGUAGGUUAACGAAACUGGACGUUUAGGUUUGUUCAGGAAUAAAUGUAACUCCAGUCCUAUUACUUCAGAUAUUUACAACAAAGCUCCUUCUGUGAACUGGCCAGGGUCCCAGCAAUCUAUGCUUUGGUGACUUGAGUGCAAAAGAUAAUAUAGUACAAAUACCUUCUGUAGCCUUUCUAUAUGCAUUAUUCUUGCUAAAAGAAAAAAAAAAAACAACUCAUUGAUUGUGAUUUGCCAGUCAAACCUCUCUUGCUAAUUGGCAUGGAAGCUAAAAUGGCUGGGUGGGCAAGUAAAAAGAAAAGAACCAAGUCUUGAGUUUUUCUAAGUGCUUCUUUUUAAGCUUUCCUAAGCUCUUGAUUUUCUUACAUUAUGAAAGAUUAGAGGAAGAAAGAGUUUUAUUGGGGUAAGUUUACCUAUUACGUCUAUUCCAAAUAAAAAAAAUUGUUGGUUGAUAAUACUAUGUUGUGAGGGUUUAAUGAGUCACUUUGAAAUUAUGAAAAACUAUACACAUCUAAGGCAUUGUUAAUGUUUACUAUUCACAGCUAUCCUUUUACUUGAGAGUUUACUGCUCAGAAAUAUAGGUUGGGUAUCUUAGAGCCUGGGAAUUUGGUUUCUAGAAUUGUGUUUUUUGAUAAAAAAAGAAUUUACAGAAUAUUUGCAUCACUUAAUGAAUUUACAACACAGUCAAGGAAAUAACUUUUAAACAACUUUUUAAACAAC